UCUAGAUACACAUCACCUUUUUGUUGCGUGCUUUUUUGACAGUUACAAGGGGUAUAUACAUUUGAAAAUCCGACGCGAGGGAUUUAAUGGCCGCAUGAAAGAGUCGUGAAAGCGGUCGUCCGGCUUGCGCUCGGUGUUGGACCUCUCGUUUUGACGCGCGUUCGUCAGGACGUCGCGCGUUUUGGUCUUCUAUCCGUCGACUUCGAUGCCGUUACUCUACUACUAGGAUAAUCAAUCAUGGAGCAGGACACAGAGUACAUGAAAUUGCCUCUGGAGGAGCGCUGUGCGCACAAGUCUUGGCGAGCACGUUUGCAUGGAUAUGAAGAGUGUGUGAAGACAUUCCAGUGCAUCGACGAUGAGAAGUCGCCAGAAUGGAACAAGUACAUAGGUUUCAUCAAGAAAUUCGUGCUGGAUAGUAACGCGGCUGCGCAAGAGAAGGGACUGGAAGCAACUCUGGCUUUCAUCGAGAAUGCUGCAGUUGCUGGCAAGAUAGUUAUUGAGGUGAUGAAUGGUAUCGUGUCCAAAUGUAUCGCUGCACCUAAAGCCAAGACGAAGGAACUAGCUGUACAGAUUACUCUGAUGUAUAUUGAGAUUGAAAAGCACGAGGCAGUACAGGAAGAGCUGCUAAAGGGCACCGAGGCGAAGAAUCCGAAGAUCGUUUCGGCGUGCAUUGCUACCUUGACGCUGGCGCUCAAGGAAUUUGGACCCAAAGUAAUUAAUAUAAAGCCACUAAUGAAAAAGAUAGCGAACUUCCUGGAAGAUAGGGAUAAGAUGGUACGGGAGGAAGGCAAAGCCAUGGUAGUGGAAAUGUAUCGAUGGGUAGGCGAUCGCUUGAAGCAGCAGUUGAACACAUUGAAACCGGUGCACAUUACAGAGCUUGAGGCAGAGUUUAGUAAUCUUGGCGAUGAGAAGGUGGUACCUACGCGCUAUCUACGCUCCCAAAAGCCAAAAAAAAUGGGCAAUAGUAGCGAUUCAGCAGCGGUAAGCGAUAAUGGCGAGGAUGACAAUGAAGAUGCAGAUGGUGCUUCGAUUCCGGACGUCGAUCCGUACGAGCUAAUGACGCCUGUAGACAUCCUAUCAAAGCUACCGAAGGACUUCUAUGAGAAAAUUGAGGCGAAGAAGUGGCAGGAGCGAAAGGAAGCGCUGGAGGCGCUUGAAGCGCUUGUUAAAAAUACAAAACUAGAGAACGGAGACUACGGUGACGUAGUGAAGUCCUUGAAGAAAAUUAUCUCGAAGGAUACCAAUGUGCUAGUAGUCACGCUAGCGGGGAAGUGUCUGGCUGGUCUAGCUGCAGGUUUAAAGAAACGAUUUCAACCUUAUGCCGCCGCUUGUUUGCCUGCCAUUCUGGAAAAGUUUCGCGAAAAGAAGCAGACAGUGGUACAGGUAUUACGGGAGGCUGCUGAUGCCAUUUACCAGAGCAUGAGCAUCGAUCUCAUUCUCGAAGACUCUCUAGCUGCUUUGGAGAACAAAAACCCGGCCGUGAAAGCCGAGACAGCUGCGUACCUGGCCCGAUGUUUCACACAUACACCACCUGCGAAUCUCAACAAGAAGCUACUUAAAUCUUAUACCGGCAUGUUGCUGAAGACGCUCAACGAGCCGGAUCCAACAGUACGCGAUAAUUCGGCGGAAGCGCUUGGCACGGCGAUGAAACUGAUUGGCGAGAAAUCAAUGAUGCCAUUCCUAACAGAUAUUGAUAAUCUGAAAAUGACGAAGAUCAAAGAGUGUGCCGAUAAGGCAGUAAUAGUCGUUAAAGUAAAACAGGAGCGACCCAACACCGCUCCGGCCAAAAUAGAAUCGCAACGGACGAAUAAGGCGAACAAAGAGAAUUUGAAGAACAGCAAAUCGAGUUCUGCGAAGAGACCGAAUACUGGUAUUGCGAUCGGAAAGAAAUCAGCAAUAAAGAAACCCGGCAGUGCCUCGUCACUCACGAAUCUGGCACCAAAGAAAGCGGUACAGAUGGAGAGGAAUUACAGUCCAGAAGAGAUCGAGGAGAUGGCGGCACAGCUUUUGCCAGCCGAAAUAAUCACCGGUCUUGUAGAUAGCAAUUGGAAAACGCGUCUAUCGGCGGUUACGCAAUUGUCAGAUACCAUCAAGACAAUGAAUUCGGCGGAGGUGCCAACCCAGGUGAUCGUACGAACUUUGGCGAAGAAGCCUGGCUUUAAGGAUACAAAUUUCCAAGUGUUGAAACUACGCAUAGAGAUUGUAAAAUAUCUGGCGGAAAAUCAUCCCUUCACAGCCACCGUGGCCGAGUAUUGCCUCAUGGACAUUGCAGAAAAACUUGCAGACGCGAAGAAUAGUUCGAUCGCCAUCGAAACUUUGUUAACGAUUGCUGAGGCUACAAGUUUUGAAUAUAUAGCGGACGAGGUAGUGGCGUUUGCAUUCAAUCAGAAGAACCCUAAAGUACAGCAGGAGACACUGUUGUGGUUGUGUCGGGGAAUCACGGAGUUCGGUUGUGGUCUUAACAUCAAGUCCAUCAUUGAGAACAUCAAGAAGGCAGUAGCGGCUACGAAUCCCAGUGUGCGCACAGCUGCUGUAACUUUGCUGGGCACUUUGUAUCUUUACAUGGGCAAACCGUUAUUGACAUACUUUGACAAUGAAAAACUUGCACUACGACAACAAAUCGAGCAAGAAUGCGAGAAGCGUAACGGCGAAACGCCACCGGCACCUAUUCGCGGCGCCAAGGCCAGAAAGGCCAACACUAUGAAAAUCGAGGAUGAAGAGGAGGACGUGGAAGAGUCAUCAGAGAAGAAAGCAGACGGCAGCGAACCGGAUCUCAAUGAAUUAAUUCCUCGCGUUGACAUCAACGCGCAAAUUACCGAAGCGUUGCUAGCCGAAUUGGCCGAUAAGAACUGGAAAGUGCGUAACGAAGCGUUGCAGAAGGUGAACACCUUGCUUAGCGAAGCCAGAUUUAUUAAACCGACUGUCGGCGAUUUGCCGCAGGGAUUGGCUCUUCGUCUCGUGGAUAGCAAUAGCAAGAUUGCACAAGCAGCUCUAGGUAUAUGCGAAACGUUGGCGACGGCUAUUGGAUCACCAGUGAAGCAGCACGUUCGUGCUCUGUUUCCCGGAUUUUUGCAAUGUCUAGGUGACAGUAAAAAUUGGAUUAGAGUAGCUGCGACUUCCUGUAUCAAUACAUGGGGAGAUCAGUGCGGCUAUAAAGAAUUCUUUGACGGCGAGAUAAUAGGCGAUGCAUUGAAGGCAGGUUCGCCGAUGUUACGAUCUGAACUAUGGAGUUGGCUGGCACAGAAAUUGCCCUCGAUCCCGGUGAAACAGAUUCCCAAGGAAGAGCUUUUCGUGUGCCUUCCUUAUUUAUAUGCUAAUCUAGAGGAUCGUAACUCGGACGUACGAAAGAACGCUCAGGAAGCUGUUCUCGGCUUCAUGAUUCAUCUCUCUUACGAAGCGAUGGUUAGAAAUACCGAAAAAUUGAAGCCCGGAUCGAGAACAGUGGUAAUUGCUGCAUUGGACAAAGCUCGUCCUAGUUUACCCAUAAAGCCUCUUCCUAAGAAAGAACCGUCAGAUGACAAUAUCCAGAAGAAUGGCGCGAAGGGUGCAAAAGUAGUAAAAGCUGUUAAAUCGAAGGGCGCUUCAUCCAAACCGGGCAGCGCUCGCAAAAAAGAUGAUGACGUUGAUACCAGUCCUCUGUUGGUGGUCAACAACCUGAAACAUCAACGUGUGAUUGACGAACAGAAAUUGAAAGUGCUCAAAUGGAAUUUUACUGCACCCAGAGAAGAGUUUGUUGAGCUUUUGAAAGAUCUUAUGACCACUGCAAACGUCAAUAAGACUUUGAGAGCAAACAUGUUUCAUUCCGAUUUUCGAUAUCAUCUCAAGGCUAUCGAAGCACUCACCGAGGAUCUUCCUGGAAAUAGUAAAGCAUUAGUGUCUAACCUGGAUCUCAUUCUCAAAUGGUUGACAUUGCGAUUUUUCGACACUAAUCCGUCGGUACUUUUGAAAGGAUUGGAUUACUUACAAUUGGUCUUUAAUAUGUUAACUGAAGACCAAUAUCACAUGUUGGAAACUGAAGCAGCGUCAUUUAUCCCUUAUCUCAUUAUCAAAAUAGGCGACCCAAAGGAUGCUGUGCGUAAUGGUGUGCGAGCUUUAUUCAAGCAAAUAGCUCUUGUAUAUCCUGUGAGCAAAUUAUUCUCAUAUGUAAUGGAGGGCUUAAAGUCAAAGAAUGCUCGACAGCGAACAGAAUGCUUGGAUCAAUUAGGAUCGCUAAUUGAGAAUUAUGGAGUUUCUGUUUGUCAACCCACCCCAUCUGCGGCAUUGAAGGAAGUUGCGAAGCAGAUAGCAGAUCGUGACAAUUCCGUUCGUAAUGCCGCGCUGAACUGCAUCGUUCAGGCCUACUUCCUUCAAGGGGAACGUAUAUUCAAGCUCAUUGGCCAGAUAUCGGAGAAAGAUAAGUCUCUGUUGGACGAAAGAAUCAAGAGAGCUGCAAAGAAUAGACCCAUAAAAUCUGCAUCCACUACUAGACUCUCUACGCCAGCGAUUGCAACCACCAGUCCGGUGACGGAUGACAUGGAGGCGGAUUACGAAGAGGAGCAGGAAGAGAUUGCCGAGCCAAUGGAGGCAGUACCAGAGCUGGCAUGUGUCACAAGCACUACACACAAUAAUGAGGAUGAGCAAGUGCCUUCUGAGUCUUCUUCAAAAUCGGACCAGGAAAAUAUCAGCAAUCAUGAAACUGAUACACAAAAUCAUCUUUCCAAUCGAGAUGAUUCGAAAACAAAUUCUCCUACAUCGAUGCAACCAAAGAUUCCUUCGGGUCCCUUCGGAUUAGACAUGGAAUUUCUGCAGAGAAUUGAAUUGAGUGCCCCAGUGAAAUAUCGUAAUCCGAUAUUAGCGGAACCCAGCUUGUCAGAUUUGAACGAGCCUCCAGUUAAUGUGUUGAACCCACCCAAAACACAAAUGAUACCAAUUUCGCCACCGAAAUUAUUAGUGUCAAAAUUAUCGUCCGCUGUAUCUCCUACUACUGCUAGCAGUAAAGAUGAGACACUCGAACGUAACAUUUUGUCUAUGGCCAGUAUGGAUUUACCCACUGCAAUACAGUCCAUGAAUGCAAUAGAAAACUUAUUAAAGUCUCAUCAAGCGGUCAGCUUGCAAUCCAGGGAGGAUAAAUUCAUUGGAUCGAUAAACAUGCAACUGAAAUUAUUACAAACGUAUCCAUUACGACAAGAAAAUGCAGAUGUGUCGAGGGGUUUCAGAAACACAUUUCUGGUUAUACUCGUGUUUUAUGACACUGGAUUUCUUGGAAAAAAUGUUCCUUUCAUACAUUUAAAAGAAUUAGUAGAUCAGAUGAUAAGUUUGUUGGCCGAAAACAAGUUGGAACAUUUGCAUCAGGCUGGAGCGUAUUACAGGGUGAUCAAUAACAUCAUGGUGAAAAUUAUUGACAAUUCUAAUCACACCACCAUCAUAUGUGUAUUAAUCAAACUGCUUCAUUCCUGUGCUGAAUCAAAUGUUCCUUCAAAAUACGAGGAAUUAGUGAUGAAAUGUUUAUGGAAAAUCGUGAAAACAAUGUCGAAUUGGGCCGCUGAUUUAGAUUACGAUACAAUACUCUUGGAAGUGCAUCGUUUUCUUAAGGAUUAUCCUACUACGUGGUGGAAGAAACGAAAGUCCGAUACUCCGCUACGAACAGUCAAGACGGUUCUUCACAGUAUGACCAGGGUGAAAGGCAGUUCGAUACUUAAUCAUUUGACGCUAAUAAACAAUACAAAUGAAUCUGAGUUGCACGCUUACUUAAUAAGAUUAAUUGCGAGUCUUAAGCCAGAUGAGAUUAAUGCAGCAAAAGUGACACCAAAAUCGAAUAAUGUGGGAAGGACGCCAAAACAUUUGUCCAAGUCUACUCGUCAGCAACUGGCAGAAAUAUUCAAGAAAAUCGGAUCAAAAGAACAAAUGCAAGAGGGCCUAGUGCAGUUAUACGAUUUCAAACUUCAAUAUCCGGAGGCUGACGUACAACCAUUUCUGGUCAAAUCUCAUCAAUUCUUCCAAGACUUCAUAGAACAGGGAUUAAGGGAGAUCGAUCAGGCGCGAAAAAAUCAAACUAUUUUGUCGCAAGCUAACAAUCAGUACUCUAUGGAAACCACAGAGUCUUCAGCCGCGGUUGCUGAUGAGAAGGACCUCAUGGAUCCAAUGUACAGGCUCGAGAAACUUCGAGCCCUUGAAGCACAAAGUAGAAUGACCUCCUCCCAGCCGAAUCCACCAUGAAUGAUCCAGUAUAAGUUUAUUAAUUAGGUAAGCGGGACACACGAUACAUAUAUACAUGUAUGUGUAAGAUGAUGCAUAUUUGUCCGACUUAUUUAUUCGUGUCUUUCGAAAUGUUUAAUCCUAUGGUAUUCUCCACCGCUGAUUUUCCAUUGAGAUGAAUCAUUAAUCGCUUUGCGUACGAAUCUCCGAUUUCUUCGAGACAUAGUCCGAUUAUUUGCUCUCAGUGAAUUAAUUUAAAUGAUUUGCAUAGUUAACAGAGAACUUUAGCGACCGCGAAUCGUAAGAAAUAGUAUAGCUGCACCAUCAGACACGUGCUACAUCGAACAUCGUAACGAUCCUGCGUUCUAAUUGUAGCAAUGUUACAUUUUAUAUAAUGUAACGACGAUGCGCGCAUGCUAAUAAUGUUUUGUUUCUUCCACAACAGUUAUGUAUAGUUAAUAUUAAUGUUACUAAUUAUGUAAGGUCGAUCAUAUAAUAGUACAUGUAUAAGUAUACGAAACUUGCACGAUUCGAGCGUCACUCAUGUCGUAGCAUAAUUUAAUUUUACAUUGUUUAACUUAGUAUUUUUUUAUGCUGUUUUCUAAAUAAAUUUGUUCUAUUUAAACUCGAUUAGAUUCAUAAUCACCAUAUCGUCGUUGUUUUCGCAAAACCUCCAUCGCGAUGAAAAUAAAUUUCUUGAUAUGACAAACGAAAUGCUAUGAUAAAAUAAAUAAACCCAUCUCGUACGUGAUAUGCGUGCUGAGCGAUUUCUAUGCCAUUCUUAAAGAAAAUUAUUGGCACAGAAUUCAGUGUAUAGUUUUAAUCGGCGAGGUACAAUUAAUCUAGCAGAGAUAUUAAAAUAAUUUUAGAAUAAUAAUAUAUCAUUCUUUAAAACAUUAUCUGGACUUCCGUAUCAUCCAAUCUCCGAAAGUUGCAUUUGAAAAAAAAAAAAGAUACAAACGGAUAGACAAUAUAUGGACUUGAUAUAAUCUAUGUGCGCGAUGUUCAAUGUGAUGCAUUAUUAAUUUUAGACA